AUCCAGUACCCCAGACUCCCCACAGAUAGGUGAAUUAAUAGCGGGGUGGGGGGCUAGAUACUUCCCUCUCCCCCUGCCGUGAUGGUACCGCCCGCCCCGUGACGCCGUAGUCACAGCAGUUGGCCGGCAGCCAGGCUCGGGUCGCCAUUGUGAUUCUCCGAGCGCGAGCAGUUGUGUGAGAGUGGCCGUGUGACGGACUGAGCUCCCGGCUGAUCUCGGUUCCAGUGUCGCCCCGUUGUAUCCCGGUCUCGGCUGCUCCCCUGGCGGCAUGGCGUGCGGGGCUACUCUGAAGCGCUCGGUGGAGUUCGAGGCCCUGAUGAGCCCUCAGUCUCCCAAGCGACGGCGCUGCGUCCCCCUGCAGGUAUCCCCGGCUCCCUCCCCCUCACAGAGGUGCGGCCACAGGACCGACACCCAGCAGGCUCAGCCAGCCACACAGCUGGGGGCAGACCGCAGGCUCACCCCGGGUAAGGAUAAGGGGGAGGAUUGGGGGAGGGGGGCCGACAUGUCUGUGUGUCUGUCCUGUCAUAUCUGGGGGAUCUCACAUGUCUGUAGGGGGGUGAGGGGGGCCUGACAUGUCUGUGUGUCCCCUAAUGGGAAUCUGCGAUGUCUGUGUGUCUGUCCCGUCAUGGGGGGGAGGGGGAUCUCACAUGUCUGACAUUUCUGUGUGUCCUCUAAUUGGGGGGGUGGGAGAGAGGGGGGGAAUCUCACGUGUCUGUGUGUCUGUCCUGUAUGGACUGUAUGUAGGGUUACAGUGAGUGGUAUCACCUGUCUCUGCAGACCAGAUUGUACAUUAUAGAAAUCGGGGGAAAUACUGAGUAUGCAAACAUUGUGUUUCCUAAUGUAUUCUAUCCACCUUAGUAUGGCCUUUUGUUCAUUGUUAAUUCGUGUGUGUGUUCUUUCAGACUCCUUUAUUUGUCCACGUUUGUGGUGCAGCCUUAUGGUACAAUUGUUUUAAAUUUUCUUUUCAAAUUUUAUCUACUUUCAAAAUCCCAUAAUUUAUAAGGAAAACUGAUUUUUGAAAAUUUAGCAAAUUUCUUAAAAAGGAAAAAAAAAAUGGACUAUCACAUUAAGUAUUGAGAAUCUUUCCUAUGACACUUGAAAUUUAACACAGCUGCUUCGAAUUUCUCAUUCUUGAGAUUUCUACACUUUAUUUUUCCUCCGGUUGACAAAAGGCGGAGCUUUUGUCAAGUCCCUGGUAGUCAUUAGUGACACCUGAGGGGGGAGAAAGGCUCUGUCUGUGGAGGGCCUCAUGGGAUCCUCAACAGACCUCGGUGUUGUACUCUUGCACCAGAAGAGCAUAUUGAUGGCUGCAAGAUACCGAUUCAAGUAUCUAUAACUCAACUUCCAAUGCACCCCGCGGCAUCCGGACACGCAGCCUAUCAGUAACUGUCAAGGUUCUUUGCACAUUGUGACAGAGCCACUUUAAUUGGCAAAUUAAGUUAAUUGGACAUGAUAUGGAAUGGCACACACCUGUCUAUAUGAGCUCCUAAAGCUGUGAAUUUAUAUCGGAGCCAAAAAAAGACCAUGAGGUGAAAGUAACUGCCUGCGGAACUCAGAGACAGAAUGGUAGACAGGCACAUCUGGGCAAGGCUACAGAAACAUUUUGUUUCAGCAUUGAAGGUUCCCAAAAGCACAGUGGCCUCGAUAUUCUUAAAUGGAAAAUGUUUGGAACAACCAGGACGGUGUCUACAAACUGAGCAACUGCUUGAGAUGUGCCUUGGUAAGAGAGGAUGACCAAGAACUCAAUGGUCAGUCUGACAUCAUGGUCAGACAACCAUCAUUACAAUACUCCACCAAUCUGACCAUUAUGGCAGACUGGCCAGACAGAAGUCUUUUAUCGCUGCAACACACAUGAACGUUUGCCUGUAAUUUGUCAAAAAGCAGGGGCUCUCAAACUGCGAGAAAGAUAAUUCUUUGGUAUGUUGAAAUGAAGAUUGAAUUGUUUGGCCUCAAUUCAAAGCAUCAUGUAUGAGGAAACCAGGCACUGCUAAUCACUAGUGAUGUCGCGAACUUGCCGCGAACGGUUUGUGGCAAACUCCGGUCAGCUGACACAUCCCUGCCAAUCUCCGGCAGACCCUCCCUCCCACCUCCUGGACAGCAUCCAUGUUGAAGCUGCCUUCAACAUGGAUGCUGUCCAGGAAGUAGGAGGGUCUGCCGGAGAUUGGCAGGGAUAUGUCAGCUGACCGGAGUUCGCGGCGAACCGUUCGCGGCAUCACUACUAAUCACCUGUGCAAAACCAUCCUAACAGUGAAGCGUUGUGGCAGAAUCAUGCUUUUUGGGUGUUUUUCAUGAACUGGAAGACUGGUCAGGUUUGAGAGAAAGCUGCAAAAUAUAGUGUAAUCCUUAGUGGAAAAAGACUGGGUCAAGGUUCACUACUUCCAACAAGACAAUGACCCCAAGCACCCAGCCAAGACAACUCGAGAGCUUAUGGACAUCUCUGUGAAUGUCCAUGAGUGACUCGACCAGAGCCUGAACUCGAACCCAAAUGAACAUCUCUGGAGAUAUCUGAAAAUGGAUGUUCACUUACAGUCUCCAUCCAAGCAGACAGCUUGAGAGGAUCUGCAGUAGGGGUUGACCGAUUAUCGGUCUGGCCGAUAUUAUCAGCCGAUAUUCUGUAUUUUCAGCAAUAACGGUAUGGGCCAAUAAAGAUACAGAUAUUGCCGAUAAUGCAGACCGAGGCCGCCAUCCCAGCAGCUCCCUUCAGCUCCCCUGUCUAACUCUCACGAGUCCCGCGGCCGUCAGAGCGUUGCCACAUGUUACUAUGCAAACGCUCUGCGUGGCACGCAGACCGCAAGAGUUAGAUAGCUACUGGGAAGGUAAGUAGGAGUGUGCUGGGCCCCCUCUGCAUAGCCCAUGCCACUGGACCACCAGGGAAUGCCAUAUCCCCCCUCCCUGGCCAGGUAAGAGGCAGGAAAAGGGGACUAAAACAAAAUGAUUAAAUAAAAAUGCCCCCCUCCCCCAUUUUACACACAUUACAUACCUACACAAACACACACUACAUAAAGACACACUGCAUUCACUAUACACACACUGCAUUCAUUAUAUGCACGCUAGACACACACUGCAUUCACUAUACAAGCACUACACAAACACACUGCAUUCAGUAUAUAUACACAUUACACAAACACACACUGCAUUUACUAAUAAAAUACUCUCGCUGCAUCCACCAAACACACACAUAUUCUUGAAAACCUAAAUUUGUGCAAAUAAAUAAAUAAUAAACCUGUUCAGUUAACAGUAGCUUUGUGUAGAAACUGUUUUUUUUUUUUUUUUAAUGGUAAGUGUACAGAAUAUCGGUAAAUUAUCUGCCUGAAAGUUCACAGAUUAUCGUUAUUGGCUUUAAAAAAAAUCAAUAUUGGUCGAUCCCUAAUCUGCAGAGAUGAAUGAGUGAGUGAAAACUACUCAUUCAGGUGUGCAAAACAUCAUAUGCAAAAAGAUUGGAGGCUGUAAUAGCUACCAAAGUUGCUUCAGCUACUGAAUUUAGGGUCUGAAUACAUAGGUCAUUGUGAUAUUUCAGGGUUUUCUGCUUAAUAUAUUUGCAGUGGGGUCAAAAAUUUUAUUUAUUUUUAUUUAUUUUUUCCAUAAAGUUUUUUGCGUAUUAAUAUGGGGGAAAACAAUUAACAAUUGUAACAUAAUGCUGCAGCUUUAAAAAAAAAAAAAAAAAAAAUUUUUUUUUAAAAAUUGCAUUUUCCUGGCAAUAUAACUUCCCCCUCCGUCAAGUAGACAGCCACUAGUGGUGUAAUUAACCAUAGCAGGUAAUCAUUGCAGUUUAUUAAAAACUGCAAUAAUUACCUGCUCAGGGUUAAGGGACCUGGGACAGUGCACGCAGAGCACUUUAAUAAACUGAAGUGGUGUGGGUGCCUAUGGUGUCUCUUUAAUAUGACAGAUUAGUAAUGUAUAGCUGUUGAAAAAAAAUUUUGGUCAAGGGCACACUUCAAUAAUAUUCACAUUUCCAAGGCACACCUGAUUUUGUUUCUCUUUUUAACUUCCUUUAUCAGCAGCAUAUGCAGUUAGGUCUAGACACUGGCACAAGUUUUAUUUUGGCUGUUUACCAACAUAAAUUCAAGUUACAACUAAAUAAUGAAUACCGGCUUGACAUGCAGUCUCUCAGCUUUAAUUUGAGGUUAUUCACAUCCAGAUUGGAGGAAGGGUUAAGGAAGUACAACUCUUUAAUAUUUAGGGGGCUUUUUUUUUUUUUUUUUUUUUUUUAAAGGGACCCAAAUAAUUGAACAAUUGAAAAAUCAAAAGCUGUUUUAUGGACAAGUGUGUGCUAUUACUUAGUUAUUUCUUCAUCAAUUAAGCAGGUAAAAAGGUCUGGAGUUGAUUCCAGGAGUGGCAUUUGCAUUUGGAUGCUGUUGCUGUGAACCCACAUGCAGUCAUAGGAGCUCUCGGUGCAAGUGAAACAGACCAUCUUUAGGCAGCAAAACAAAAAAUCCAUCAGAGAGAUAGCAGGAACAUUGAGUGGCCAAAUCAGCUUUGGUACAUUUCACCAAAAAAAAAAAAACGGGGAGCUCUGCAACAGAAAGAGGCCUGGAUGUCCACAGUAAACAUCGGUGAAUGAACGUAGGAUCCUUUCCAUGGUAAAGAAAAACCGCUUCACAAGAUCCAGCCAAGUGAAGAACAUUCUCCAGGAGGUAGGCAUGUCAUUAUCCAAGUCUACCAUAAAGAGAAGACUUCAUGAGAGCAAAUACAGAGGGUUUACAACAAGGUGCAAACCAUUCAUAUGUCUUAAGAAUAGAAAGGCCAGAUUAGACUUUGCCAAAAAAAAAAAAAAAAGCCAGCCUAGUUCUGGAACAGCAUUUUUUUGAGAAACCGCAAUAAUUACCUCUGAGGGUCAACUCCUCCUCUAGUGGCUGUCUACUAGAGGGGCUUCUGGAAUCGAAAAUGGACCUUUGGUCUGCUAUAUGACACUGGACGUCUUCACACCCUGCAGCAUCAGAAUUUUCCCCUUAGGAAAGCAUUGGAUAAUGCUUUCCUAUGGGGAAAACCUAAUGAGAGCGGGUAAUUGCUGCGCAUGUGCAUUAAGUUUCCCCCGCUGGCUGAUGUCGGCAGGGGAGGAGAGUGGGCGGAGCCUGACCCAGCGCCGAGGGACAUCUGCACUGGAUUCAAGUGACUGACUGGUUUUAACACCUUCAGCAUUGCGCGGGAGGGGGGCACUGCAGGAGCCUAUAGUGCCAGGAAAACAGGUUUGUUUUCCUGGCACUAUAGAAUCCCUUUAACUUUUCGUUAAAUUAAUUGUAUUGAUCCAAGUUAAUUUUACUUGUCAGCAUCGAUUACAUGCAUUUUCACAGCAAAAAAAUGUUUUGAAGGACAUUAAUCAGCAAAUCUAUGUACACUCAAUGACGUAGGUUGUUCUCCAAACUUGAGUAAUGCUUCACCUUGCAUUAAUGUUAUCAUUAUCUGUGUAUGUAUUUAUAAUGGUAAAUAACAAAGAAAGACCUCAGUUUACUGUUAAACUAAUCUGAAAAGUCAUUAUUCUGAAUAUGAAAUCUUCAUCUGGUUGCAAAUAUUAAACCUUUUAUAACAAUCUGUGAGAAUUAUUUUUUUUUUUUUUUUUAGGUUUAAAGGAAUGCUAUAGUCAAUGAAUUGGUCUGGUUGCAGUAGUCCUGCAAUGUUAACCCUUCCAUGUAAACAUUUCCAUUUUGUAGAAGCAGUAAUGGUUACAUGAAAGGGUUAACACACCUCUAGUGGUUGUCUUAAUGACUGCCAUUAGUAGUACUUCUGCCUCCAUUUUUUUUCACAUACAUGAGUAGCAGUGUUGUAGCUUGCUAUGUAUUUUUCGUUUUUGUUUUUUAGCAGUGUAUAUUAUCUAAUUUUUUAUUUUAUUUUAUAUAUAAAAUCUGUGUCCAGAAACCAGCCAAGGAUUGCACAGUUUCAACCUUUUCGGUCAUAGCAUGAUGGAGGUUCUGGUCUGCAAGGAGAAGUCCCUCUGAUAGCGGGUAGCUAGGUAUAAGAAUUCUUAGAGAGACUUUAACUUACAUACCAGAACUGGCGCCAUGCUUCUGAGACUCAAAAGGUUGAAACUGUGUAGUACAUGGUCCUUUUGGAUUACAACCCAUGCUAUAGUUAAAAUCUGUGUUUUUUUUUGGUUUUUUUUUAAACUGCAUUAAUUGCUAAGGUUACCUGCAGAAAUACAAAAUGAGCCUCUCUAUACUCAUCUGGGAGGUUAUGGAAACACCAUAGGUUAUUUCUUUGUCGAAUAAGGACUUUCCUUAGUCCAACUUAAAGCUGUGUGUCUAGCUUGAGGACAUCAGAGCAAAGUGUUUAAGAACUAUACAAACCUUUUCGAGGAAUGGGGCUUUGUGAACCUUAGAAUGUGGCAACCACCAUAGACUGCAAGUUUUUGAUGUAGAGAGAACCAGGUUGAAAUGCUGGGUUACAGACACACCCCAUUUUGUUUUCAGUCACUCACACUGCAACUAGAGGAGCUUUCUGUGUUUUGCAGCACUGAUGUUCUUCAUAUCCACGCCCUGCAUGGAGGCACUGAAUGUUCUUCAUAGAGAUGCAUUCAUUUAAUGCAUCUCUAUGAAGAGAUGCUGAUUUGGGGAAUCAGCAGGAGUCCUGAGUUAGAGAUGGUACCGCCGAGACAAUGCAAACUAUUGGGAGUGCAGGCUGCUUCUGUUCUAAACCUCAUGCAGGAUAACCAAUUAGAAAAAUAGGGAAUCAUAAGGCAGAUGGCCACUCUUAUUUUUAAGGAAAUGGUCACUUCCUAUGAUUUUUGUUUAGUUUACAUAUUUUAAUACUCAUAUGCGUGACAUGUGAAAAAUAAAAUCAAAUGUAGAAGUCCACUCCUCUUUAUCCCUCAUCUGGGCUUCUCCACUUAAGCUCUAUGCCAGAUACACUCUGUGCUCUACACCUGGAAGUCAGUAUAGAGCAUCUCAAAAUCCGCCUUUCUUCCCAGAUGUUUCUGAAUUACAACUCCCAUGAUUCUUUGGCUACCUGUGUCAUUCAAACCAUUAUUCAAGGCCAUCAACAAACAUCUGGGCACCAAAGUUUGAGAUUCCCAGCAGGAGAAUAACACAUUAUUUUUAUUAAUACCAUUUACAGUAGUUAACCUGGCCUUGUCUGAACUGGAUUAUGCCAUUUUCUAAAUCUUUAAAAGGGCACUAUAGUCACCAGAACUACAGAUUACUGUAUUUUGUUCUGGUGAGUAGAAUCCUUUCCUUCAGGCUUUUUGCAGUAAACACUGUAUUUUCUAAGAAAAUGCAGUGUUCACAUUACAGCCUAGUGAUAACUCCACUGGCCUCUCCUCAGAUGGCUACUAGAGGUGCUUCAUGGGGAAGUGCUGCACACUGUGCAGCACUGCCAUUCAGUUCAUCCACCCUCUGCAUGGAGACACUGAACGUUCCUCAUAGAGAUGCAUUGAUUCAAUACAUCUCUGUGAGGAGAUGCUGAUUGGCCGGGGCUGUGUUUGACUUGUGCCUUAUUUAGGAAGGCAAGGUGGGCAGGAGGCUAGAUGGUGGUUUUAACCCUAUAUGGCCAGAGAUACAUGUUUGUGCUCCUCUAAUAACAAUUUUAAAUUUCCCUGUCUGCUCUAGUUUUCUUUAAAACAUAAGACAAAGAAGGGACUACUUGUCUUUUGGAGGUUUCCUAUGCCUGACCAUCUCUGACCAGCAGAGGAGCAAAGUGUGCUUCAUUUCCAGUGGUCAUAGAAAUUUUCCCACAAUUCUCACCUAUACUCCAUGUUCCCACGAAGCGUCCUGUCACUUAGACAGAAUUUUUUUGGGGGCUGAAAAAAAGACAUCAAAUGGUAAGUUUUAUUUAAUUGUUUUUUUUACAGGUACUUGGUUAUUUUAUUCCCCCCUCACUAUUUUUAGGGUGAUGGAGGUAGGGGUUUAUAAAAUUUUUUUUUUGGGGGGUGACUAAGGGCUUGGGGUCACCUUGGAGGGGAUAACCAUAUCAUUUAGGUGGGGGUCAGGGGGGGAGGACAAUAGGUCUCUAACCCAUUUCCCCCACCCCCCCCAACCACUGGUCAGGGGUGGGGGUGAGGGGAGAGGACAGUAGGUCGUCUAGACAGUAGGUCGCUAGGUCCCCCCUUUGGUUUAACAGCCCCCACUCGUGUUGCUCGGGAAGGGGGAUAUGAGGUUGUUGUUUUGUUUUUGUUUUUUUUUAACAGUGAGCAGCCACAGGCUGCUCACUAUUUACUAGACAUGCCCCUACUAGCUAUAUAGCGAGUAAGGGCAGAGUUUACUAAUACAAAGUAAUCUUUACUUAGUAUUAGUACAUUUGCCUGAAAGACCAAUUUAGGUCUUUCAGCCUUUUGGUAGAUAGCUCCCUAAUACCGUGGGAAUUAGGGAGUUAUCUACUAAGGAUCGGAGUUUCAUUCAUUCAAAUGAAAUUCUGAUCCGAACAAAGUCCUGAAUUGCGUCCUAACACAAAUGGAGAAAGUAUUCUCGUUCUGUUAGGACGAAAUUCGGUAGUUUCGCCAUCGUGACAGGACGUUCUGGAAAAGUGAAAGGAGGCUUCGUGGGAACACAGAGGAUAGGGGAGAAUUGUGGUAAAAUUUCUAUGACCGUCGGAAAUGAAGCACUCUUUGCUCCUCUGCUGGUUAGAGAUGGUCAGGCGUAGGAAACCUCCAUAAGACAAAUAGUCCCUACUGUGUCUUAUUUUUUUUUUAAAGAAAACUAGAGCAAACAAGAAGAAAUGAAGAACAGAUCGUGAGAGAAGAGGAAUCAAUUUUAAAGAAAGGAAAGUUCGGCAUGACAGUACUGCUUUAAUGUUGUACAAAUAAUGAAUUAAAAAUAUUAGCAUGUGUGUUUGGGUUUGUUUUUGUGGGGGAGGAGGUUGGAUUUCUGGUAAAUUAUAAACUCUCCUUUUAACCCCUUAAUGCCGUUACAGCUUUAAAGGGCUUUAAAACCGUUGCGGCGGCGUAGAACGCCGUAACGGCUUAAGCCGGGGGGAGGUAAAAUUUACUUACCUCCGCUGCGAUCCUCUUCGGGAGGGCUGCCUGACAGCCCAGGCAGCCCUCCCCUGUCGAAUGAGGCCCCUGGGGGCCAUGUAAUCGCUCUCAAAGAGCGAUCACAUGGCCCCCUAUAGCUGGCUGUGGAUCUGCCAGCAGGGGGACUGUCUGAAAUGUCACAGUCCCCCUGCUGGUGGAAAGUGUAAAAAAAAUUUAAACAGGUUAUAAAAUAAAGUAAGUGUGUGUGUGUGUAACGUCAUACAUAGUGUAUUUUAAUACGAAUAUUAGUAUAUUAAUAUUAAAAUACACUUAGAAUGACUAUAUAUAUAUAUAUAUAUAUAUAUAUAUAUAUAUAUAUACACACGUAUAAUUACAAUAAUAAAUAAAAUUAAAAUAAUUAAAUAAAAUUUUAUAUAAAUUAUAUAUUCAUAUGUAAUUUCAUUCUAACUGUAUUUUUUAUAUAUAUAUGUGUGUGUGUGUGUGUGUGUGUGUGUGUGUGUGUGUAUAUGUAAUAUACAUAUAUAUGUAACAAAAUACACUUAGAAUUACAUUCUAUAUAUAUAUAUAUAUAUAUAUAUAUAUAUAUAUAUAUAUAUAUAUAUAUAUAUAUAUAUAUAUAUAUAUAUAUAUAUAUAUAUAUAAUUACAAAUAACCGCAAAUAUAUAUACAUACAUAUAAUUACAUAAAAGAUUACAUUAGUAUACACGUAGAAUUUAAAUAACUAAAUGCAUAUAUAUUAAAAUUCUACGUGUAUAUUUAAGUAAUCUUUUAACAUAAUUAUGUGAUUUGAUUAAUAUUUGAUUGACAUGCCUGACAACACAGGGAGAAGUGCAGAGAAUUUAAUUCGCAAGCACUAUAUUUGACCCUGUAACUCUCAAAGACACCAUAAAACAUGUACAUAGAGGGUACUGUUUUACUCGGGAGACUUCGCUGAACUCAAAUAUUAGUCUUUCAAACUGGUAAAUUGUAUUACAACGAUGAUAUUUUAAGUAAAAGUGAAGUUUUUUGCAUUUUUUUUUUUUACAAACGAACGGCACUUUUAUGGACUAUAUUAUUGUUGUAAUAUGUUUUACUGUUUUAAAACACUAAUAUUUGUGUUUAGUGACGUCUCCCAAGAAUAACAGUACCCCCCAUGUACAGGUUUUAUGGUGUUUUGGAAAGUUAGAGAGUCACAUAUAAGGCUUGCAUUUCAUUUUUUUUUGACAUUGAAAUUUGCCAGAUUGGUUAUGUUGCCUUUGAGACCGUAUGGUAGCCCAGGAAUGAGAAUUACCCCCAUGAUGGCAUACCAUUUGCAAAAGUAGACAACCCGAGGUAUUGCAAGUGGGGUAUGUCCAGUCUUUCUUAGUAGCCACUUAGUCACAAACACUGGUCAAAUAUUUUUUUUUUUUAUUUGCUUUUUUUCACACAAAAAUAAAUAUGGACGCUAACUUUGGCUGGUGUUUGUGACUAAGUGGCUACUAAAAAAGAUUAAACAUACCCCACUUUCAAUACCUUGGCUUGCCUACUUUUUCAAAUGGAACGUUCUAUAUUUGACCCUGUAACUUUCCAAAACACCAUAAAACCUGUUAAUGGUGGGGUACUGUUGUACUCGUGAGACAUCGCGGAUUACAAAUCUGUGCAUUUUUUUUUUUUUUUUUUGCAGUAAAACCUAACAGUAUUAUGACAUUUACAGCUAAAAUGUGAGGCGGAACUAUAAAUAAAAAAAAAAAAAGUUUUUUUUUUUUUUUAAUUUUAUUCAUAAUAGUUUCAUAGCUAAAUAUUUGAUAUGAAAUUAAAGCCCUGUUUCUCCUGAACAAAAUGAUAUAUAACUGUGGGUGAAUUUAAUAUGAAAAAGGUGAAUAACGGUUGAACAGACAAAUAGCGCAAAUUCCAGUUUUUGUUUACGUUUUGUUUUGAUCAGAACGUGCAUAUUGACUCCGUCCUGAAGGGGUUAAACAGCAAAAAAGACAAAACACCCUUCUCAGAUCAUAUCUACAGCAGAACAAUCCUUUUUAGACCAUACCUACAACAACAACAAAAACACCCUUUUCAGACCAAGUUUAAAGCCUCCUGUUUUUGGUUUUCAAGUCUGAUCUCUUCCCAACUCUCAGAGCAUGGUGUAUUUGAAUUGCAAAAGAGGAAAUGUCUCCUCUCCUUUGUCAGAAAGAGAAAGCACAGUGUUAUACAUGUUAUAAGGUCCUUGCAUUCUUAAGUCUUCCUGGGCUUUAAAGCACAGCUUGUAGCUCUAACCACAGUCAUUAGGACAGGAGAAACUAUUCUCAUGGUAUGUAGAAGCAAUACAUGAAUACAAAUCAGAUAUCUAUGUACAAAGUACUAAGGUAAAUUGACACCAGAUCCAAUUUCUGUCCCCGUGGCAACUUGGCAUUCUAGAUUUGUCUGGUCCUAUUGUAUUAAUUUGUGGGGGUUUUUUUGUUUGUUUUUUUGUAUAUAUCUGUCUUGUAUAUCUCAAAUCGAUAAGCAUUAAUUUAUUUUUAUUUAAGUCUGACUUCAAGUAUUUUGGUGGACUACUAACACUGAAAAUCUCUUUCAGAGCAAAUCUUUCAGAAUCUAAAGCAAGAAUAUACACGCUAUCAGAGGCAAAGACAUUUAGAUGAAACUUUUAGUCAAAUUGAAUCUGGAUCAUCACUUGAUGGACAGGCCAGCUUUUCACCGCUCACAACACCAGCUUCUCCAGGUAAUGAGAAUCAGUCUGUUUUAUUUUUUUAUUUUAUUUUCUCUGUACGUCAAUUUUAUUCUACAUUUUCUGAUAAUUUUCCAACCAGGUUCACUGGGAAAGAAGGACCAACCAACAUUCAGCCUGCGACAAGUAGGAAUGCUGUGUGAACGGCUUCUUAAGAACCAUGAGGAAAAAGUAAGGGAAGAGUACGAACAGAUUCUCAACACAAAACUAGAAGGUCAGUCAGAUAUUUCUAGUACUGCACUUUAUGUAGAAGGUGGGUCUUUCUGUGUGUGAGUGUGUAUAGAGAUAGAUAUAUCUCUCUGUAGUAAACAAUUGUGCUGUUGCAGUAAAUCUAAUGACCUUCAUUAGUUCAAAUCCUCUGUGUGCCUGUCCUUGGAUCCUACAUAAUGGCUCAAAGUUUGUUUGAGGUGACAUUUGCGCGCAUACACACCCCAACUUAUUGAGCACUUAAACAAUGCUCUACUGACUGUUUUCAGUCUUGGAGCCUUGUAAAUAAUAUAUUUUGAGUAUGUGAAAAAAAUGCCUCGGUCAUAUUUUACUUUCUUUCUUGAACCCUUUCUCGUCUUUGCCCUAUGUGAAUUGAGAAACCAUUCACCAUAAUGAGGAAAUUUAUAUUCGCACACCACUCCACUCAUGGACAAGGCGGUGAAUUUAUUCCAGUGCUUAUGCGAUCUUAAAAUGCCUGCUCUGUAUUCGAUAUUCAGACUGUGAAAUACAUAGCGAAGUGUCUGGGAUGUCUUCAAAAGCUGCUUACAUAGAAUGUUAUGUCUUCAAAUAAGCUUAAUGCAUGUCGCUGUAAGUCAUAUCUCAGAUAAAAUAUGGAUGUAAUUAUGUAAAGAACCACAAAUGACUGUGCUGUGUAGGUUGUUUUCUUGUCUGUUUGAGAAAAAAAAUUUUUUGCAACAGUAAGAGAAUACAUGCUUUAUUUGGUUUUAUAUGUAUGCCUUAUUGUUUUACUGUAGAACAAUAUGAAUCCUUUGUGAAAUUCACACACAACCAGAUUAUGCAACGAUAUGGAACAAGGCCUGCCAGCUGUAAGUAUAUUUUUCUCUUAAGGAUUAAGAUACUUUUGUUCUUUUUAAAAUGCAUUUUAUUGGGGGCGGAGCCUGACCGGGAACCAAGAUGGCCGCAUAAGGCACGAGCUCCCGAGACCCAGGUCCUAAAAAAGCAGUGAGAAGCCUACUGAAUGGAGCAUAGACCCCUCCACACACGCACACAUUCGUGACCCAGACUGCUGCAUCCAGCAAUGGGAGGAAACCAAAAAAACUGUAUCUACCGCCUUUGGUGGCCUCGCUGUCCACGAGACGAGGCGUCAUCUUCCACACAGAGACCCGUAGACUCUGCCUCAAACGGACCCAAUGAGCCAAACCCACCCAAAGGUGCAAAGUAUUAACGAGGAAACACCCCGGUUGUCUUGCACUCCCUGGUAUAAAUCCCAUACCUGGGGCGAGAAGCACCCCGGGACCAAUCCCCAUCAAGCCCUACAACAACAGGGCUGAUGGGUCUUAUACCGAUCUUUCUCAGGACACACCUACACCUCUCUACACAUUUAGCCUGGCACAGGUUAGAAGACCAAGCAGUAGUUUUUGUUUACCUUCCUGAUAUACCAUGACAACCCUACGUUUUCCUUCACAAUACCCAGGGUCAGGAGACGUCAGACGCUGAAAACCCUCUGAGUCGACAAGGAUGUGGUACUGUCUACCAGCUGGGUCUAUCUGCCUCUCCCCCACGUGUGCAACCCACCCCCCCACCCAUCACAAUGCCAGCUAGGUAACCUGCAUUCCCAUCAACUGUAAGGGGCUCUACAACCCCUCAAAACGCAACCAACUUAUGCGCUGGGCCAACUGCACUGGAGCAGACACACUCCUCCUCCAGGAGACACACUACUUCAGUGCGUGCCCAUUUCCUCUCUUUAGCCGACACUUCAGGACUUGUGACUUAGCCAGUUCCAACAUGGGCAAACACAAUGGGGUGGCAAUACUGCUACGGAAAACAUGCCCCCUACAAGUCACCGAUACACACGGGGACGAUACCUCACAGUACCAUGGAUGAUCAGUCCCGCCAAAUUCGCAAUCACCACUAUAUACGCACCCACACACCCGAACCUGCAAUUCUGGCUCGCCCAACAAGCACACCUUAGCCUAUACCCAUGUCACCACAGAAUCAUAGGGGGGACUUUAAUGCCACGCUUUCCCCUUCCCAAUCCCAGCCACUGCCCCAACUCUCCAGAUCAGAUAAACUAAUGGCUGACUUCAUAACUCAGACAGGACUACUAGACAUCUGGCACCACCCAACUACACAAGACUUCACCUUACUCGCACCCACACCACGCAUACUCCCGCAUAGACUACUUCCUUAUCUCCCCGUCCCUUCUUCCCCACACAACCAUGACUGCACUUGGCAACAUCACAUGGUCCGACCAUGCAGAAAUCUUCCUACAAAUCCAACUGCCACAAAUCUCGCAACCCUGGUUGUGGCAGAACUCAGAACAGAACUCACACAUUACUUCAACACAAACAAAAACUUGGUCCAAUCACCCGCAGUCUUGUGGGCGGCCCAUAAAAUGGUGAUCAGGGGAUCCCUCAUUAGCAUAGCAACCGCACACAAGAAGAAACAAAUGGCCUACAUAGAAUCAUUACUAGAGACGAUCAGACAACUGAAAUCCCAACAUCAACAGUCCCCCACACAGGACCUCGCGACACAGCUCCAAACCCAACGCGAAGCCCUUAAAAAGGCUAUGGCGAAAGAUGCAACGAAAGCAUUACAAUGGACAAAACAAGUGUUCUACGAGAAAUACAAUAAAGCACACGCUUCUAGCCCGUAGACUGCGCAAACGCAUCCAAGCCAAACAAAUCACCUCCAUUCUAACCCCCUUAGGACAGCCUACUGACAUCCCCAGCAAAAUUGCAGAGGUAUAACCAGCAACCACUACCCUCAUAAUAGUAUAUCCUCUCCUUUAAAUAAGUUUACUUUUUACCCCUUUUCUUUUUCACCCUCUUCCAUGUUCAUAGUUCAGUUACCCUACAAAAUACCAUGGAGUAGCAAACAAACCCAAAAAUCAGCAGGGAACGCCCACAGAGAAAAACCACAGCCCCAGGAACACGUGGACAAUAGGGACACAAUGACAAAUCAAACGCAAAAAUGUUCAAGUAUACAACUCCAGCAAAGCUAAUUACGAUCUGAACUCACGUUGUUAAAUUGUAAGAUGAAUGCAUGCGUAUAACCCUGUGAAAGGUUCCUCUCUGUAACAAAUGACUAUGCAAAAUCUAACUAAUAAUCAGAGGGGUUUUUUUUUGUUUUGUUUUUUUAAAUGUGUUUUUUAUUAGAACAAAAUUAAGUAAUAAUGCUUGCAUAUCUGCAAAAGAAAUGGGCUGUUGAUAAUCCCCCUGCAAAUUUUGCUAGGUUUGUUGACUAUUGUUUGUCGGCUAGUAACCUGCUGAACAAAUUCUAUUGCAAGCUCUGUCAAUAACAUUCAUGAUUUUUAAACGUAAAGAUUAAUUCUUACAGGUUGUUAUCUUUAAUAUUUGCAACCACAUCAAGAGUUCAUAUUUUAGAAUAACAUUUUUGAGUUAAUUUAACACUUCUAACUGAUUUUUGUUAUGUACUUUUUCUGAAUUUUGUGUAUCUUUUAUCUAAAAUAUAUUCUACUGUUAGGUUGAAUUGGUAAUGUAAUAAAGAUUAUAUCCUGUUUCUUUGCAGAUGUUUCUUGAAGUUAUCCUUUUGCUGUAUGGAUUGUGAGCUUUGAUGUCAAGUUCGGCUGCUCAACAUUGCAACCUUUUCGUUAUCCUCAGACUUUUAUUAUCCAUUUUGGCUGCCUUGUGUCUUUUUUGGAAAUGCAAAAAAAAAAAAAAAUCAGUCUCUUCAAACCGCACAGCCCUUCCUAUUUUGUUUGCUCAAUUUAAGAGAUGAUCUGCCAAGGACUUAUUUUGUUAAAAAUUUUCAAUUAGCUUCAUCUGGUCACUCCCUACCUUUUACUGCCAAUACAAUUGACAGUCUCUCUAUUAUUUUUUUUUCAUAUAUUUUAUUGUGAAUAGUUUGCAAAUACUUAUGGACUGCUUUUGAUGCACAGCAGUCAUGUUUAAGAACAUUUGGGGUUCUAAACACAAUAUAUAAAUUAAAAGGCCAUGCAAUGCAGGCCUUAUCUAAUGUACUUUGUGAAUAGUGGUUUUGUAAUCCGAUUGCUAUAUGCAUAAAUACACAAUAUAUUCUCAUGUAUAUAUUUCCUCUCCCUCCCCCAUUUUUAUUUGUACACUAUUGACUGUUAAGACAUUUGUGCUUGGAAACCUACUGGGACACAGAAUUGUGUUUUUAAUGUUGUUUGCAUUUGUUUUAUAUGCAUAUAAUAAUCAUAAAAUUCAUAUUGACUGUAUAAAUAGUUUCAUUUCUUUGAGGGAGGUGAAAUAUUGGUUAAAAAAAAAUGCAAUAUUGUGCCUACAAUUUAACUUUGCACUUAAAGUAUCUUGCUAGGUUUGUUAUGUUGAACAAUAAUCUGAACUUAUGGAAUUGUGUUCAUUUUGUUGGUUUAAAAAAAAAAAAAAAGUGCUAUUUAUAUUGCACAUUAAACCUUUUAUACACUGUUGGGUAGUGAAGAGUGUUAAGGGGUGGUACAUGAUAAGAUGAAUAUAAAGGGUUUCCAACCUAAAGUGUGGAGUGUAACUUUUAACGUUUCAUCUAUCCAUCUCAUGAUGAUUGGGUCCUGUUUUUAUAUUAGUUUGUAGUGAUGUCCCGAACGGUUCGCCGCGGACGGCGAACAUAUGCGGUAAACUUUGACCCUGUACCUCACAGUCAGCAGACAAAUUCCAGCCAAUCAGCAGCAGACCCUCCCUCCCAGUCCCUCCCACCUCCUGGACAGCUCACUAAGAAUGCAGCUUCACAAUGAAUGUAAAAUGGAUGCUGUCCAGGAGGUGGAAGGGAGGGUCUGCGGCUGAUUGGCUGGAAUGUGUCUGCUGACUGUGAGGUACAGGGUCAAAGUUUACCGCAUAUGUUUGCCGUCUGCAGCGAACCUUUCGGGACAUCACUGCUAGCUUGUAUAAAUUGCUUUUCAUAGCGGUCAGAUACACUCCAAAUGUAUAAAGCUCUUCAACAAGCAUUAUAUGAAUGUGUAUAGACUAUGUAAUAUUGUAAUAUAUAUACAUACACAUUCUAUUUAGAAAGUAUUAAGACCCCGUCACUUUUUAAUUUUAAUUUUUUUUUUUUUGCUGCCUUAUGCUAUAAUUGUUUAAGUGUGUGUGUUUGUUUUCUCAAUCUACACUCAAUAUCCCUUAAUGGCAAAGCAAAAAAACACAUUUUUGACACCAUUGUCUUAACUGCCUUCCAACAGGCUAAUAACUGUAAGUACACAGCCAAGACAAUGUGUGUAACUUAGGGACAACUCUGUGAAUGUCCUUAAGUAGUCCCAGAUUGGAACCAAAUCGAACAUCUCUGGAGAGGCCUGCAAAAUACUUUUUACAGACUGUCCCCAUCCAACCUGACAGAGCUUGAGAGGAUCUGCAGAGAAAACCUUACCCCAAACUUGUCGCAUCAUAUUCAAAAAGUGCUUUAACCAAGUACGAGUUAAGGGUCUGAAUACUUAUAUCAAUGUGAUAUUUCAGGGUUUUUUUUUUUUUCUCUUUCAUUUUAUAAUGGUGUCAAAAACCUGUUUUGUGUUUAGGUUGUUUUUUUGUUUUGAGGGGGGGCAGGUGUUUAUUAUGGGGUAUCGAAAAUAUAUUUAAACAAUUGUCAUAUAAAGUGAAAAUUAAGGGAUGUGAACACUUUAUGAAUGCACUGUUUUUAUAAUAUAUACAAGGCUGUACUGUAGAUUUUUAGGGGGGGGGAGGGGAGGUUUCCCUGUCUCAUCUAUUAUCUGAGUCAGGGCUAACCCAAGUGUAUAUGCUACCAUGGAUAGCCAGGAGAUAUAAAUAUACUCAUCUUCGAAAAUACAGACAAGACACUUGAUUAUUUUAUUUUCAAACUUUUUUUUUUUAUUGUCAUGAGUUAUUGUGUUAUAUUAAACAAAAUAUUCACAAAUAUUACUUUGUAGAUAGGAAGUUAAAAACUGUAUUUUACAUCUUGCAUGAACUUUUUGUUUAAAAGACGUGUAAAGAAGGAGAAAAAUAAAUUUAAAAAAAAUUAAAAUAUAACCUUAAACCAAAAUAACUGAGAGAUGCUCUGUUAUGUUUCCU